CGUCCAAGCUGAGUGGAGGGCAGCACAGCCAAUAGGCUUGUUGCACAGCCAAUCGACUUGCUGCACAUUGGCUUUGUCAUCGGGUGCUGAUAUUGAGGAAGGAUUCUCUAUGCUGCUCCGUUCGGUGUGUUUGGAAGGGCUGAUGAAAUGCCAGGAUUGGGCUGCCUCUAGGGAGAGCCUCUCUGCCUUAUAAUGUGAGCCAGUAGCAUCCAGGCUCAGGCUAACGCACAACCAUCGACAAAGCAGGCCUAGGGGAAACCAAGCAGGCCUAGGCGAAACCAAGCAGGCCUAGGGGAAACCAAGCAGGCUGGCUCUGCUACUGCUACUACCCCUUCUCCUCUUCCAGCCGAAAAAGGAGGGAUUUAUUUUUUACCGUCAUCCCCCCAUCCAUCCCGUGUUCUGUGGUGGCCUCCUCCUCCUCCGCCUGCUCCCCCUCCUCCACUACAGCCUCCUCCUCCGCUCUCUCGUUUUUUCCCCCUCUUCCUUUUAUUCUUCUAGAGGUGCUUUUGGAAAUAGCAGACCUCCAUGUAUGACAAUUUGUACCUGCAUGGAUUUGAAGACUCGGAGGCGGGCUCAGCUGAUUCCUACACAAGCAGACCAUCGGACUCGGAUGUCUCUCUGGAGGAGGAGCGGGAGGUGCCGGGGCAGGUCCAGGGCCAGAGCCCGAGCCAAGGGGGCCCGGGGACCCAGGCCCCGGUCCAGACCCGAGAGCAGAAGGAGCAGCAGGCCACCGUGCAGCUGGAGAGAGCCAAGGCUAAAGCCGUGGCCUUUGCUGUGAAGACCAACGUCAGCUACUGUGGAGCAUUGGACGAGGACGUGCCGGUGCCAGCAACUGCCAUCUCAUUCGAUGCUAAGGACUUCCUUCACAUAAAGGAGAAGUUCAACAACGACUGGUGGAUCGGCCGGCUGGUCAAGGAGGGCUGUGAGAUCGGCUUCAUCCCCAGUCCCCUAAAGCUAGAGAACAUCCGCAUCCAGCAGGAACAGAAGAGAGGGCGAGUCCAAGGUAAGUCUGGAGGCAAUUCUUCCUCAAGUGUAGAGGAUGAGGUGUCCGCCUCGAUCAGACCCCUCAUCUCCUCUGCAGGAAAGCAGAAACAAAAAGUGACUGAACACGUCCCCCCUUACGACGUGGUGCCAUCCAUGAGGCCUGUGGUGUUGGUGGGGCCCUCCCUCAAGGGCUAUGAGGUGACGGAUAUGAUGCAGAAAGCACUCUUUGACUUCCUCAAGCACAGAUUUGACGGCAGGAUAUCUAUCACACGAGUCACAGCAGAUAUAUCAUUAGCCAAGAGGUCUGUUCUGAAUAACCCCAGUAAGCGCGCCAUCAUCGAGAGAUCAAACACCAGGUCCAGUUUAGCGGAGGUGCAGAGUGAGAUAGAGAGGAUCUUUGAGCUGGCCAGGUCCCUACAGCUGGUGAUCCUGGACGCAGACACCAUCAAUCACCCAGCCCAGCUGCUCAAGACCUCGUUGGCUCCCAUCAUCGUCCAUGUCAAGGUCUCCUCGCCCAAGGUUCUGCAGAGGCUGGUCAAGUCCAGAGGGAAGUCCCAGAGCAAGCAUCUGAACGUACAGCUGGUGGCAGCUGACAAACUGGCCCAGUGUCCUCCGGAGAUGUUUGACAUCAUCCUGGAUGAGAACCAGUUGGAGGAUGCGUGUGAACACUUAGCUGAGUAUCUGGAGGCCUACUGGAAGGCCACCCACACCUCCAUGGCCACGCCGCUCAACCCCCUGCUGGGACGCAACCUGGGCCCCACCGCCCUCACUCCUUACCCCACCACCAUCUCUGGACUGCAGGUGAACCAGCAGACUCAAAGAAUGAGACAACACAGCAACCACACGGGAGACCACUCCACGCCCAACGAGCGUCGCAACCUGAUGACCGCCGACGAGAACUACCACAACGAGCGGGCGCACAAGGGACGCAACCGCAUGUCGUCGGGCUCGCAGCACAGCCGAGACCAAGACCCGUACCACCAGGACUACCAGGACCCCUACCAAGACUCCUACAAGCCCCACCGCAACCGCUCCUCCCCGGGCAGCUACAGCCACGACUCCCGGCACAGGCUCUGAGCCCGAAUGACGUCCCAGCUUCACAACCCUUAUAGGCCUCAAGUCAACUCUCUGGUGGCAACAGAGUCAAAAUGGUUCCCGUUCAAAAUAUUGUGUCAAAUUCUGUUGUUUUCGAUUAUUUGUUUUACUUCAGGCGUUAGAUGAGGAGUAGUCCCGCCCCCCUGAACAAAAUCUCCAAUCACCUCUCAUUCCCAUUCUGUCUUUCCUGGGCACUGGCAGGGACCCCUGUUAAGCAAUGAUGAGGAAGGAUGAGGAAGAAGGACAUGAUGCUAAUGCUACAUAACUGAGUUAAUACAACUCAUAUGACUGAGUUGCUUUUCCUCACAAGUGGACUUUCCUAGUUCCUGUGUUUCCCACACAGAGAGAUGGGUUGAAGAGGAAAGCAGUAUGAGAUAUUGUGGGCUCAGAAUUGUGUACCCACAACCCCCCCCCCCCCCCCCAUGAGUCGCCAUAGCAAGUGGUGGAGUCACUGCUGAAAGCUGGUAGUCUUACCCAAGAGUCCCGAGACCGUUCAGUUGUUUGCAUGCUGACUGAGAGAGUCCUUACAGUACAUGUCUGUUGUCAUGAGGAGUUGUAUACUUAGACCUGCCCCACCAUGACUGGCAGUGGUCUUUUUCCAGACUUCAACUGAUUCCUGAGAGGAGCAUGUGAAGUAUUUGGUUGUUUUGUUAACAAGUGCUUUCACAUGUCAGAUACUGUAUGUGCCAUUUGAACACCUGUCUAGCUUGGCCUUUCUUCGGCAACAGUCGAUACUUUGCAUAUCUCAGUAUUUUUCGCUACUCUGAUUCGGUUGUGUCAGACUCAUAGAGGUAUUAUAACAAGAAGCAGGGGUGUCAAACAUUCAGAGUUCGCCUCAUCUCUGGCCAGCCUCGUGAUUGGUUGACCGUCCAUGCUGCUUCCUGUGUUUCUCUCUGGCCAGCCUCGUGAUUGGUUGACCGUCCAUGCUACUUCCUGUGUUUCUCUCUGGCCAGCCUCGUGAUUGGACGACCGUCCAUGCUGCUCCACUAAUGUUGGAUUGUGUCUUCCCAGGGUCCUUUGCAUCAUGAUCAUUGAUUCUCUGUGUAGCUGGCAUGUUUUCCCUGACUUGAAAAAGUAAUGCUCCCUUUGGUAGUAAUAUCUCUGUGUAAAAUAGAGGGUGUUUAAGGAGGGAAAGCACACAUUGGUGCAAAAUAGGUGCAGUCUAAUUACUUGAGAGUGCGUCAUCUGAACUUUUUGUGGGUAUUUAAAUACAUGAACAUGGAAAUGGAAGAAAUUAAUUGGUCAGUUUAUUUCUAGCAACAAUUUUUCUUCAGUAAUUGUGGGUUUUUGGAGUUUUCGGUGAGAUGACAAGCAUGCAGUUGUACCCAAGGGGGUUCGGUGACUAGUUGCAUUGGCUCACCGAUCCAAUGCGUAGGCUUUAGUUUAGUGGGCUAAUACACACUUCUGGCGUGCAGGAGGCCCGGGUUCGAGGUCGGUCACAGAGACACAACCACCCUCCAGGUUUUCCCUGCGGUGGAUAGGUCAUCUAAACUGGAGCUUUGACCAAGAUGGAGAUGGUGGUCCCUCCCUGUGCAUCCUGGGAGAGGGAGUUCUUGGGGCAGCGUAUUCUGAGGCAUUGUUAGAGAGAUGUGCAGAGUUAACUUGUUAUAGCUAGCUGUGUUUUAGUGUAAUUCCCUCCAAUAGAGUCGAUGAACUGUAGUGACAUUUGUAGCACCCUCAGCAGGUGGUGCCUUAACAUUCUAAAACAAUUAAGAACUUCUGAAACGAUAGGAUCUUAAUUAUGAUUUAGCUCCAGCUGUCUGGUUAGGGCACUGACUGACUGAUUUCCUUGAUUUCCUUGCCCAUAUCUAUGUCUCUUAUGCUAGUUUGUUCACUGACUGAAAACAAUAGACUGCAAAACGAAGAAGAAGAAAAAGAAUACAAGUACAUCUGCUGUUGUUUAUGAGCAUGCUUCUCUGUCAUAUUGUGAUUCAGGCCAAAGUGAGUGUUGGCUGAUUGAAUGGGGAGUUACUCACUGUUCAUUAAAAACCAGAACCAAGAACCAGAACUAAGAUUCAGCUCUGUUGCUUGAGACAAUCAGAGGGAUUUUCUAGCCCAUUGACCUCUGUCCCACCAGCGUCCCAGUCUGUGAGGGUUUGGUAACUGAAGGUUGGGUUACUGCUACUGUGUGUAGCAUGUCGUAUCCCUUUUGAAACAUUGGGGAUCUCCUUUUCUAUUAACAAUUAAUUAACUGAAUUCCAAUAGAUUUUCUGAAUUGACUUGAAAAUUUAAAUUUACCACAACUCUUUUUCCUGUGAAUGCCCUGGAAAGAAAACAUUUGUUCUCUGAAUGGUGUAGAUAUAAUUUCUAAAGGUCUCUGUUACUGAUCUGGAAAAAAAAGCACGUGUCCUGUACUCUUCUUUUGUCUUCUUGUAAGAAAUUAAGAGGCUACAUUUUUGCUUCUAAAUUAAGUUGAAUUACAAUUCUCAUUAUUUGAUUAAAUAACAUGGGUUUAAACUCGACCCGGCCAUUAAAACAGUUCAAUGUUUUUUUCUUUGGUAAAAAUGUACAAAAAAUAAGAAAAAGUCAAAAAUGUAUCUCAAUAUAGGAAAAAGUAAAAGAUACAUAUUUGCUGGUGAUUAUUUUUAUAAUAAAUACAUACAUGUACAUAAUGUCUUUGAGAGAUGCUAUUUGCUGUAUACUUGCAUUCUCAUUAAAAACUACGAUCCUCGACGGGACAACUUGGAACAACAAACGUUUCAGUAUACAAAAAUGUCAGUAUACAAAAGUUUCAGUAAUGUGCAAUACAAAAAGCAUGCUGUUUUAAAAUGAGGAAAUUCCAUGUACUAUGCAACCGUGUACAUCGCUUCAUGCUGUGACUAAUUCUCCAACUGUCCUUUUCCAAGCAGCUUCAUCAGAACUCUUAAGGACAUUUUGUGUUGAUACUUUUUGUGGAAGACGAACAACUCAACGGCUAAUGCGGUAUUGCAUGCAUAAUGUACCCUUUUAAUUUAUGAAAACGAAUGAAAAGAAAAUCAUGUGAAAUGCGAGAUGAUUGUGUCAAAGGCGAAGCUAGAAGUAACUUAAAAGUUUUCUUUUACAAAAUAAAAGUCGUUCUACAACAA